UUGCUGAAUUAGUCGCAUCCUGUGGAGUGUUCGUCCAGCAUCCAAGGGAAUGAUCGGCUGCUAGCGAUAGUCAAACCACGAUCCAAUUACGUCUCUCUCAUUUCCAAAUGAGGCACGCUCGAUCGUGCAUUCAUGUGCCCGUACACCUGCGUGCGUGUAUAUAUAUACACGCACAAGAACUGAAGAACACAACAAAAAAGGCACUGCAAAUCUUGUUCAGAUAACAGCAAGUAUAUAUUCAGAUUGUUCAUAGUUCAUUUAUUGUUCAUAAUUCAGAUAACAGCAAGUAUAUAUAUACAGAUACAGAUAGUUCAUAGUCGAUUGAUCGAUCGACCAUGAGGCAUGUUACUUUCUUCGCGGCGGUUCUUGUUGCCAUCUUCCUCACCUCCGGUGGCGGGAGGAUGAGCAGCACGGCGGCGCGGCCGACGGCGGUGGGCGGCGCCGGCGCGCCGCCGGCCGCCGUGGCGGUGGAGCUGGCCGGCACCGGCACCGGCACCAACGCGUCGUCGCAGCCGUCGAACUGCACCUACGGCAACAACGUCGGCGGCCAGUGCCCUCCCACUCCCGGCGCUGGCCAUUAGCAAGAGCAGUGCACGUCGCUGCCAUCAAAUCGUGCAGCUGAGCUGCGUAAUUACGAUUAGAUAUUGUAUUAAUCUUGUGAAUUUUUUUUUCAUCCGAUCAUGUAGUAUUAAUCUUUCCUGUAGCUUGAAGGUGAUUGCAUGAUCAAUUGAGUCUGUAAUUCUGUUGGUUUGGUUGUAUUUUUUUUUAACUUUUUUAGGUAAAAAGUCGGGUGAAUUGAUCACCUGUUUAAUAUACUGUAAUUAUCUGUUGCAUGGUUAAACAGCAGUAAUUGCUUCGUGCAAGUUCAUUUCGCCGGUUUGGAUUAAAUGAUUAAUUACUUCGACCAAGAUCAA